CUGCUGGCUCGGGAGCGGCUGGCUCAGGAGGGGUCGCUACCUAGGCCAGACGAGGCCGCCCGCUUCCCCGAGCUCCUUGCGCUUCUCCCGCCCCCGGCCUCGCUCUCUCUGAAGGGGUGCGCCCGCGCGGCUCCGCGCUCCGGCGCCGCCCACUUCCCUCCCCGCGGCCGCUCCUCCCUCCGCCCGGACAGCCGGCGGCGGCGGCGGCGGCGGCGGUGGCGGCGGCCGGGAGAGGCCCCUCCUUCACGCCUCCUUCUUCCCCUCGCUCCGAGCCGGCAGACGCGGCUGGGCCCCCAACCCUCCCUGGGCCAUGGCCGGCAACGUGAAAAAGGGCUCUGGGGCCGGGGGCAGCGGCGGCACCGGGGGCUCGGGCGGCCUGAUCGGGCUCAUGAAGGACGCCUUCCAGCCGCACCACCACCACCACCACCACCUCAGUCCCCACCCGCCGGGGACCGUGGACAAGAAGAUGGUGGAGAAGUGCUGGAAGCUCAUGGACAAGGUGGUGCGGUUGUGUCAGAACCCAAAGCUGGCGCUAAAGAAUAGCCCACCUUAUAUCUUAGACCUGCUGCCAGAUACCUACCAGCAUCUCCGUACUAUCUUGUCAAGAUAUGAGGGGAAGAUGGAGACACUUGGAGAAAAUGAGUAUUUUAGGGUGUUCAUGGAGAAUUUGAUGAAGAAAACUAAGCAGACCAUAAGCCUCUUCAAGGAAGGGAAAGAAAGAAUGUAUGAGGAGAAUUCUCAGCCUAGGCGAAACCUAACCAAACUGUCCCUGAUCUUCAGCCACAUGCUGGCAGAACUAAAAGGAAUCUUUCCAAGUGGCCUCUUUCAAGGAGACACAUUUCGAAUUACUAAAGCAGAUGCUGCAGAAUUUUGGAGGAAAGCUUUUGGGGAAAAGACAAUAGUCCCUUGGAAGAGCUUCCGGCAGGCCCUUCAUGAAGUACAUCCCAUCAGUUCUGGGCUGGAGGCCAUGGCUCUGAAAUCCACCAUUGAUCUGACCUGCAAUGAUUAUAUUUCAGUUUUUGAAUUUGACAUCUUUACGCGACUCUUUCAGCCCUGGUCCUCUUUGCUCAGGAACUGGAACAGUCUUGCUGUAACUCAUCCUGGUUACAUGGCUUUCCUGACAUAUGAUGAAGUGAAAGCUCGGCUCCAGAAAUUCAUUCACAAGCCUGGGAGUUACAUUUUCCGGCUGAGCUGUACUCGUCUGGGUCAGUGGGCUAUUGGGUAUGUCACUGCUGAUGGGAACAUUCUCCAGACAAUCCCGCACAAUAAACCUCUCUUCCAAGCACUGAUUGAUGGCUUCAGGGAAGGCUUCUAUUUGUUUCCUGAUGGACGGAAUCAGAAUCCUGACCUGACAGGUUUAUGUGAACCAACUCCCCAGGACCACAUCAAAGUGACCCAGGAACAAUAUGAAUUAUACUGUGAGAUGGGUUCCACAUUCCAACUGUGUAAAAUAUGUGCUGAGAAUGAUAAGGAUGUAAAGAUCGAGCCCUGUGGACACCUCAUGUGUACAUCCUGUCUUACAUCCUGGCAGGAAUCAGAAGGCCAGGGCUGUCCUUUUUGCCGAUGUGAAAUUAAAGGUACUGAGCCCAUUGUGGUAGAUCCAUUUGAUCCUAGAGGAAGUGGCAGCCUGUUGAGGCAAGGAGCAGAGGGAGCUCCCUCCCCAAAUUACGAUGAUGAUGACGAUGAACGAGCUGAUGAUUCUCUCUUCAUGAUGAAGGAAUUGGCUGGUGCCAAGGUGGAACGACCUCCUUCUCCGUUCUCUGUGGCCCCACAAGCUUCCCUUCCUCCAGUGCCACCACGACUUGACCUUCUGCAGCAACGAGUGUCUAUUCCUUCAAGUGCUUCUGGUCUUGGAACUGCUUCUAAAGCUGCUUCUGGCUCCCUGCAUAAGGACAAACCAUUACCAAUACCUCCCACACUGCGAGAUCUUCCACCACCACCCCCUCCAGACCGGCCAUAUUCUGUUGGAGCAGAAACCCGGCCUCAGAGACGCCCCUUGCCUUGUACACCAGGCGACUGUCCGUCCAGAGACAAACUUCCCCCUGUCCCCUCUAGCCGCCUUGGGGAAUCAUGGCUGCCUCGGCCAGUCCCCAAAGUACCAGUAGUUGCCCCAAACACUGGUGACCCCUGGACGGGGAGAGAGUUAACCAACCGACAUUCACUUCCAUUUUCGUUGCCCUCACAAAUGGAACCCAGAACAGAUGUGUCCAGGCUCGGAAGCACGUUCAGUCUGGAUACCUCCAUGAAUAUGAAUAGCAGCCCAUUAGCCGGUCCAGAAUGUGAGCACCCCAAAAUCAAACCUUCAGCAUCGGCCAAUGCCAUUUAUUCUCUGGCUGCCAGACCUCUUCCUGUGCCAAAGCUGCCAUCUGGGGAGCAGUGUGAAAGUGAGGAGGACACAGAGUAUAUGACUCCCUCCUCUAGGCCUGUAGGGCUUCCAAAGCCAGAGGUGAAACGGCCUUUGGAGACAGCCCAGAGUUCACGAGCGUGUGACUGUGACCAGCAGGUUGAUAGCUGUACAUAUGAAGCAAUGUAUAAUAUUCAGUCCCAGGUGGCACCCUCUGUCACAGAGAGCAGCACCUUUGGUGAGGGGAAUUUGGCUGCAGCCCAUGCCAACACUGGCCCUGAGGAAUCGGAAAAUGAGGACGAUGGGUACGAUGUCCCGAAGCCACCUGUACCGGCAGUGCUGGCCCGCCGAACUCUCUCCGAUAUCUCUAAUGCCAGCUCCUCCUUCAGCUGGUUGUCUCUAGAAUGUGAUCCCACAACAAACUUCACUGAGGGUUCCCAAGUUCCGGAAAGGCCUCCCAAACCAUUCCCUCGGAGAAUCAACUCUGAACGAAAAGCUACGGGUAGCUGUCAGCAAGGGGGUGCUGCUGCUGCUUCUGCUGCCGCCGCCUCGCCACAGCUCUCCAGUGAGAUCGAGAACCUCAUGAGUCAGGGAUACUCCUACCAGGACAUUCAGAAAGCUUUGGUCAUUGCCCACAACAACAUUGAAAUGGCCAAGAAUAUCCUCCGGGAGUUCGUUUCUAUUUCUUCUCCUGCCCAUGUAGCCACCUAGCAGAUCACCUGCCUGCUGCAGCUUUAGAGGACCCAUGAGCUGGGAGCUCUUACUUGAGUAGCACCUAAAGGGGCAGAGGUUCCUUUGGAGACUUCACAAUGAAGUCUUACCCUGUCUGUAGGAUAUCACAUCUGUGGUUCCAAGAUUUCAACGCAGUGGAAUGAAAAUUGGAGCAGCUAGUGUGUUUUAUUAUUUUAUUUGUUUUGAGAGUGCGUUUGAAGGUGUCCUUCAGUCCCUGCUUAGAGAGAGUGGAUUUUUAUUAAAUGGUAGUCUACCUGGGGAACAGUCCAGAAAGCAGUAGAAGUAUUGUGCUGUAAAUCCUAAUUGAGGACUUAAGACUUUCCUGGGUUAAGAAUGUGGUCAUGUGUGUGUGUGUCUGUCUGUCUGUGGUUGUGUGUAUGUCUUGUGAUUAUAAGAUUAACCUGCUGUCUGUGUUAAUCCCAGGUAGGGAAUUAGCACAAGAGGUUUAGGAAGGAAUCUUUUAAAGAUUUCCAUCUACUGUGGUAUUAUACCCAACCCCACACUCCCCUUUGGCUUGGAUUAUCAUGUGCAUAGCUAAAGUCUCGUAUUUUUAGAACACUGUCCCUCUGUCCUUUCCCCUGUCUCCUCCUUCUUCCUUCUCCUUGGUGUCUGUCAUUGGCAGUGGGCUUGCUAUGACCAGCCUUACUGAACUCUAGUGGCUUAUAGGAUGUUCUUUAAUAGUGUGCUGGUGUUGGUUUGUUUGGUAGAUAGGUGGGGGAAAAAAGUACUGUUGCUGUGUCAGUAUAGUCCCGUUUGAUCCUAGCAGCUAACACUGGUCACUCCAAAGCACUGUUUCUAUAGGAACAUUGAAUCUGUGCAAAUAAGAUGUUUUAAUUAUCCUAAUUACUUAAUGACUGAUCUGAGAUAGAGGCCUUCAAAUACAUUCCAUGCCCUCCCUGUGGGAGUCAGUUGCCUUGGUGCCAGGUAUGUGUUCUAAUGUAGUCAUGAGUUUUUCUAUUUAAUGGGAAGGGAAGAAUAUUUGUUUCCAGCAUGGCUUUCUGGCCCAAAUACCAUGAAGCUUUGAGGAAGCUUCAUUCACAUGCUCUUUAGCUUGUUAAACAUAAAAUGUACAAAAUAGAGAAUAAGGAUUUAAGUAUUCAGUUUUUCUUCCCAGUGAAUUAAUUCCAGCUUAUAUUGGUGUCUCCCUUUGAACAUGAGCCAGGUUAUAUUUUAAAAAAUGAUUUUUUUCUUUGCCCUUUAAGGAAUGAGGCUACCACCCAUGGUAGCACAGCAUUUUGCUGAUAAUUAGCACCAAUCCACAUGGUGCCACUGAUGACUGGGUUUUCUCUUGUGCCUAUGGCUUUGGGAAUGUAGCAUCUCCUUCCCCUUUCCUCUUCACCUGAGGUCCUGCAUACUCUUUACUGACUGUGUUCUCCACAGUAAUGAGACAUCAGUUAGUGUCAUAAAUGACUUUACAAUAGUCAGAGACAAUAUGUGAAGAGCCCAGCAGUUUGUGUAAUUGCGGUUUCAUAAAGAAGAUUCAGAGUCCAGCGUGGAGUGCCGUUAGCCAGUUCCUGUAGAUACUGCUAAACGACCCCUCGAGUUCAGUUAGUUCUCUGUCUCAAGGCUUGCUGACAUCCCUAGCAGGGUGUAGCCUUCCUCCUUGUCAGAAACAAGCCUGCUCUUUGAUCAAUCUACUCUCCUCCAAAUCUAAACCAUGCUUCUGUCUUUAGAUCCAGACAGAAAUGACUCUCCUCAGAUCUGUUUUCUUUCCCCUCUUGUCAUCUCUGGAACUGAAACUUUUUCUAACUCUUCUCUUGGCUUUCAGCUACUCAUAGAUCUUUUAGUUUCAUCUCUUGCCUCAGAGCCAUUUACGUUCCCAGAGGAGACAGUCCAGAACUUCUUGUUGAUUUGCCAUGGUUACCCAGCGUCUCCUCUCCAUGGCAGAAAACAACACAGCCCACCGUCAGGUGCGGGAGGUCCUGAAUUGGGGUGGAAGGGCAGGGAAAGUGGCAGUGAGUAGGAAGCAGUAACCCAGCCUCUCCUUUUGUUUGUGGUAACAUUUACUUUGCAUUUUGUUUAGCUGUUGAAGGCCUAGACAGAGAAAUAGAAAAAAAAUGGCAGCAGUUUCCGUGCCUGUCCACACUGGAGCUUGUCCCUGUCCUCUGUAUUUAUUGCCUGUAGACUGAAGAUCUGUCCAGAGAACAAAAGCACAGGUUCUGCAUGUCUUCUCCUUUUCAGUGCAUCCAAAGUCGUCGUCUUUGGAGAUUAUGCCCUUACUUAUAUAGGCUAAGGCCAAGUUCAUUCUUCCUUUUCCUAAGUGAGCUCCUGUGUAUCUCGGCGGGUCAGCCCUGAAACUGGGGCGCCAGAUCCCUGUGUUGAACACGUGCACUGUUGAUUGGCUUGGUUGCUAGCUUGGUUGGCAGUGUAUCUGCAGGCUUUCCAGGUUUUAGACCUUUCUGGGAGGGGUUUCCCUUUGGCUGGGUGCUCUGAGGGCACACCUGGGUCCAUGCCUGAGAUUGUCAGGCGAGCCUCAGGAAAGUUUUCACAUGGCUCUUGUUUUGAGGAUAUUUCCAAAACUUCAGUUUCUUAAAGUUCCUUUGACUGAGACACCAGUAACUUGUUCUUCAUCCUCCAUUUAUGUGGCAAUUUUUAGUUCUUUGGCUGUGCUCUGAAUUUAACUAAAAUUGCCCUUUCACAAAGUGGGCUUUGAGUUUUGCCAUUUUGGGCAAACCCAUCUCCUUUCCCCCUCCUAAUUACAAAUGGUUCCUCUUCUGUUAACAAUCAGGUGGAUAAGGUAAAAACCACUUUGGUAUUUUCCUUUUCCUCAAAUGCAUUAGGCUGUUCUAUUCAACCCAAUCUUCUGCUUUUCCUGUAUCUUUCCUGGGUUCUGUAGCUGCCUUGUUGCUGGGUGGCUGCUUUGCAAUACUUGAUCAGCUGCCCCUUGUCAUACUCCUUCCAUUAAAGUAGGGCAUUCUCAACGUGGAAAGACCCUGUGGCUCUGUGAUAUACCUCCCUUUAGGUAAAUAAUAGAUUGGGCAGCUUGUUGUCUCAGCAUUUAUCUGUUAAUAUUUAUGUCAGCAGUGACCUGCACCUGUGGAUGGCCGUUCUCUUCCCCAGCCCUACCCUGCAUAUUCUGCCAUUCUUCUAUUCUCUCUCUUCUGAUACAGACAACACCCCGGCCCAGGAUGUGGGCCAGUACUAAUAGUAUCAUUUAGCUGUUUUGUGGAUUUAAAAAGUUGUUUUGGAGAUGGGGGGGGGGGGUCACUAUUCUUUGUACUUAAAAUAUUUAUUUCCUCUAUAGAAAAGUAAAAUAUAUUUUAUGGUCCAAACAGCAAACUUACAAAUGAAUUUUUGUAAAUUUAUUUGCAAAAUAGGGACCAGCUAUAUGUUCCCUUUGAGACACCAUUAACAAGAUCUAGACCUUUUUGUGGGUGAUCAGCAGUGGUGUUAAUGCGGGAUAUUCUCCUACCUCACAUCAUGACAGUCAGAGGGUUAUAGACCUUCUUCCCAAACUGGUUAUAAGUCCCCCUUCUUGCUGUUGGCCUUUCUUCCUCUGCAAUGACCACUGCCCAUGGGAUAGCAGUAUUCUGACCAUUGGCCUGGCUGUGUUAACAGCUCGUUUGUUCAUUCAGCAAAUGUUUAUGAGUGAUUGCCAUGUGCUAGAAGUGUCAGCUCUGUGUUCUUUGCCACCUUGUGGUGAUUCACUGACGUUGGGGGAUUGUACUUGGGCUGAUAGCACUUGCAUUUGGCCCUAAAAUAGCCCUUUCCAGUAAGGUUGUGCAAUUUUUGUUUAUAGCUCUUUUAUGUAGACAUAUAUUUCCUUAUAGAGCUGUUCCAUGUAAAAUCAGUUCAAGACUCUCUCAGUAACCCCUCUUGUCUUCCCAUAGCUUUGAUAAUGUCUGUGAGGUUCCUUGGUAUAAGUCUUAUGGAUACCCACCAUUUUUAUGUAUUUCAGUGGAAUCUCUUUGGUGGCUUGAGGGUUAUAUUGACUCAGAGUUUCAUGAUAGGGCAGUUAAAUGUUUAAGCAAACAUCUGCCCACAGUCCCUUUUCCAAUCUAGUGCCUUCCUUGAUCUUUUUACUGAGCUGCUUGUGUCCCUAAUUCCCCUUGUUGGGAAGUUUCCUUCUAACCUUUCUAGGUCCUGUCACGAUCUCCCAUUCUAUUUGCAACUUCAUUUCUAAUCGUUCGACAACCUUUGCAGCUAAUCCUAUGUCUUGUGAGAGCUGAAGGUGUGGGAGAGGGAUGGGCACCUGUCUCUGGGUCCUAAUCUUCAGCCAGUUGUUUGGUCUCUCAGGAGCCAGGCGGUAAAAUAGAUUUAACUCAGUUCUCAGAAAUGUCAGGGAGCUUAGAGAGCUUAGCGACCCUAGAACUUAGUAUCAAAAUCAACACAUCAUUAUUCUCUUAGACUUUCAGGCUUUGGAAGUUCAAUUUAAAGUAUUCUGACUCAGCAGAAAGCAUUACUGUCACUACUCUGAUCUCAAUCUGUAUUAGCAGUCUUUCUUUAGAAAUGCAUAUAGCCAUUUAAUGCAUGGAGGGUGAAUAGUGGAAGAAGGUCAAGGUUGUAUCUUUGACUGUCUUGUUUAGGAAUCCUUCGGAUGCAAGAAACACAAGUAUUUAAGCUAAGAAGAAAGGAGGAAGUCAUAAGAAUGCAAAGUAUUUCACAGAACCCAGUAUAAUAAGUACAGCUGAUUCUUGCAUGGAGCUGGAACUGUGAAACUUUGCACCUCGUCCUUUCUCCUGCUUGUCCGUCUGUUUAUCGGCUUGCAAAGCCCCAAAAUAGACACCCCAGUCCUCGAGUCCACACAACCGCCCAGCUCUAGAGACCACUGUUAACAGAUUCCCGAUGCCUCUUCGUUCAUAUUCUCAAGGAGUACGAUCAGCCCAGCACAUUGAUGGCGUAUCUACCCCUGACCGGUCAGGCUUGCCACACAGAGCAACAGAAGCCUGGUCCCUCGGGAGGGUUCUCAGAAGAGAGGAGAUGGACAGAAUAGACACCCUAAAAAUACUUUAGUAAUAAAACUGCUGUCGUGCUGCUUUUUUGAGAGUGGAAAUGCAGGCAUGGGACUGUGAGAUGUGGAGGAAAUUCUUAGGUUUAACUUAAUUCAGGUUACUGUCUUUGUUUCCUGUUUUUCUUCCCUUUAUGAGUCUUGGCAUCCAAGAUUUCUUUCCUCCCUCUUUAGGACCAGUUUCUCUUGUUCCGGAGCUAGUCUGUUCUUAGGUGACAUUUCUUAGCCUUUAUUCAAUCUCAGGUUUUUAACCUUCUUUCAUAUUAUUUAGAGAGCAGAUCACAAAUCCCACUGUAGCCACCCAUGAACUUCUGAGCUCUCUUCAGGUUUUAGCGCUGAAAAUACGUUCAUUCUGUGGGCCCACGCAUGGCCUGUGUCCCUCGAACCCUCUUCCUCACCCUUUCCUUUGGUCUUUCCUGUAUGGAGGGAGCUCUGCAGUAAUAUUCUUAGGCAGGCCUCCUAGGUACCUCAGAAAUGACUUUGUCGUAGCCAGUAAGAAUAUAUAAUAGUUGGGACAGUUGCCAGGAUAUAAAUUAGAUGUAGAUUCCAGUUUAGAAUAGAGUUUUUACUGAGAGCUCUUUAGACAGGAUACUUUUGUCUUCCUUGUCCAAUUGCUUUCUUUUGUAUAUUAAAGGCUUUAUUUUUUUUUUUUUUAAACUGUGCUUCUGCUUGCCUGAAUCUUUUGGUCUUAUCUAUCUCGUCCCAGAGCAUGUGCCGUGUUAUUAAGGCAUUUCAUAAUUACUUGUAACUUUUUUAAACUGCUGGAGUCAUUUGAUAUACACAGAAGUAACCUAAUAACCCAAAGAUAUAUAUUGAGGCACGUGAUGAAGGGUGGGUCAUCAGACCUUGCCUUGGAUACUCUAUUCAAGGCUCCAGAAUUAAGGAGCAGAGGGCAGCAGUGCCGUGUGCCUUCACAGUGUCCUAGGAGAUCUGGGUUGGUUUCAAAGGGAAGUGUUUCUUGGUUCCAGAAAGUAGCACAAGAGUAAGAGACGGAGAACCAGGGAUGGGGAGAGGGAGCCCUGCCAGGAGGCUCCUUCCCGGUCAGAUGGAGAGCACUGUGCUGAUAGGCCAGCUGUUGACUAACGGACUAACAGCUGUUUGGAAAUCUCGCUGCCCCUUCCCUUGUAUAGUGCUUGAGAAGAAUGUGACUGACCACUCCCUCUGUUUGCACAGAGCGAAGGCUGAAGGCCAACCUCAGAGCUCCUACUGAUUUGGCAGCCAAUCAAAUCAGCAGAGUUCUGAUUGUCCAGCCCCAUAUUCUUGAUUCAAUCCCAAAAAUGAAUGUGAGUGGCACCCUCCACUUUACCUCUCACAAGUUCUCCUUCCACCUCUGAACCAGAUUGGGAGGCCAGAGAGGAGUAUUGCUCAAGACAUGCUAUGUGCAGCUCCUCAGGCCUUGCACUGCCUCCAUGCUCAGGCCCUGAAGUGGAUGUACUGUAUGCCUGAGGCCGGCACUCUGACAUGUGUCAAUGUCCCCUGUGUGUCAGUUCCCUCCUCCUCCUUCCCUACCUCUGACCGUUAUGGGUGAGGGUAGCCAUGCUUAUGGCUGUCUUGAAACUGAAGAGGCAGAGAACUACUUACGAGUCUGUAGAACACGUGUUUUCUCUUCCUUGGCUUCUUCCUUCUGCUGUGUGGGUGAGUAAGCCUGCGGGCACAGUGCCCAUGAGACUGGAUGCCUCCUGACCUACCCUUCUCAGCAUUGUUUUAGUGUCUUGGCCUUGACCUCCUGCUGAAACACGUGGUAGGGGCAUGGCAGCUAUGAGGUACCUCCUACAUUUGCUUUCUGGCUGUGGUGACUUGGGAAUUUUUAACCUUAUAUAUCUUUUUCCUUUAUUCAAAACAAAACAAUUUUUAGCACACUGAAAAAAAAAAAGCCAAACAUUUUGUGCCUUUCUAAGGCAGCACUGUAUCCCAGGCUGCAUUUUAGGACUUAAUAUGGAAAUACCAGAGUCUUAGCUCCUCUACCUUGAGUGUCAUUAGUCCCUCUAGUCUCGGGGAGAGGAAGAAGGACGAGCUCUGUGGCUGGAGAGAUGGCACGCAGGUGUGGCAUGUCAGUGGUCCCUUCUCCCUGCUGUGAUGCUCAGUUGCAAGAAAUAAGCAUUGUACCCUGGGAUCAUUGGGUUGGUUCCACAGUCUUAGUUAUCAAGUUGAAUGCUCUGUCUUCUGCAAGAAGACAGAAUGUUCCUUGAUUUCCAGGUAUACUCUGGACCAUUUCAAGCGUCCCAGCCUCCUGACCCUGUUCCUGACCCGACCACAUGGAGAAGUGUCGGAUGGGCUCUCCCGAGAGGGGAGGCUGGUUGGUUGUGUUUGUCUUGUCUUUUUGCUGGAGCCUGUGUGGGCCUAGACCUCCUGCCUCUCCCUUCACCCUGGGCUGUCAUUGCCUUUGAAGACUUCAGACUUAAAGCAUUAAGCAGCUGGUGCCCUCUGCAGGGUCUGAUUUUCCCCUGGGAAAACUAGCAAGGACCAUGUCCCAGAAGCCUGUCCUCAGUAUUGUGGCCACUGUAGGUUUCGGCAGAAAAAAGAGAAAAAAUGUUUCCUAUGUAAUGAGAUUUUACUUCUCUCUUUCCUUUUCUGAGUUCUUCCCUGCCUUUAACUAAUAAAGAAUUGGGAGAUAGAGACAAUUCUUUUUAAAGUCCUCCUUAUUUAGGAUCUUGACAUUCUUGGCCUGGGUGGGGCUGGAGAGAACUCUGUGCUGUCUCCAGAGUGAAGAGUCCCAAUUUGUAUAUCAGUGUUAAAAAUAAAACAAAACGAAAACUUAGAUGAGAUUUUUGUGGACUAUUUUAAAAAUGUGUCAUUAAUAUAAAAAAAAAUUUAUAUUAGCAGUAUUUAAUCAUUCUCACCUGUAAAGAAUAAGAAAAACAGAAGGUAAAUAUUCUUACAGAGAAUAGCAGAGCUUUAAGAUUCAUUUUCAUUUUAAGUCCAUUUUGUUUUGCCAAUGUAUUAAUGUUUAGAAGUCUGUUAUACUAAUGUUAUUUAUUAAUUUUUUCAUUUCCAUACACAGUUAACUAAAAAGCUUUUUCAAGCACCCCUGUCUGUAAAAAAAAAUAUUUUUAAAUAAAGUUUCUUUUGUUGUAGCAGA